AUGGGUCACGUUGCUCAUAGGUGUUUUUACAGAUAUGACUCCACUUAUGAUGAUGAGCCUUACCCAUCUAGAACUCAUUUUGUGCCCUCUACAGUUUAUCAACCCACUUUCCAACCAUUUGUUGUUUCGAGUGAAGGAACUCCAACUGCUCUGCAAGCUUCUGUUGCUUCUACCAUAGCCACAACUAGUAUUGUUACUGAUCCGCUAUGGUACCCCGAUAGUGGUGCUACUACUCACAUGACUAAUGAUCCAGUCAAGUUCACCAACUACAACUUCUACAUUGGUCAAGGUAAAGUAAUUGUUGGAAAUGGUAAUUACACCUCUAUUUCUCAUAUUGGUGAAUCCUCUAUUUCUUCUGGUUCUCACAACUUCUCCAUUAACAAUCUGCUCUAUGAUCUGAUGACUCACAGGGUUUUGCUCCAAGGCAUUGAGUCUAAUGGGUUGUACCAGUUGUUGCCCACGUCCUCUAACGAAGGAUACAAAUAUGUUGACAAGACUGGUCGAGUUUACAUUUCCAGACAUGUUCAGUUUGAUGAAGGUGUUUUUCCUUAUGUUAGACUUUCUUCGGUUCCUUCAGUUACCAAUUCCAAUGGUUCAAAAUCCUUGUCUACUUUACCAAUUAUUAUAAUACUUCCUCAUAUUGCUUCUCAUCACUCUUUAGACAAUACGACCAUUGGUUUUGCCGUGUCUCCCUCGAUUGCUGCUCAUAUUGAGAGUUCCCAACCACCAUCUUCUAUAAACUCAAAUAUUUUUGGUGACAAUGAUCUGUUUCCAAAUCCCUCUAUACCUGAUGAUCAAAAUACGUCGUCAUCCGAUUUUGCUCCUUAUCUCUCUCCUAGCAACACCCAUCACAUGUUCACUAGGAGCAAGGCUGAUGUAAAUGAUUGUUUAAGACUAAAGAACCCUGAUGAGAGUGUUGCUCACAACAAGGUCAGACUCAUCCCUCAAGCCUUCUCCCAGAUUGUUGGCAUGGAUUAUCACGAAACCUUUAGCCCUGUUGUCAAGGCUAACAAGGUAAGAACAUUGUUUGCCUUAGUCGUGUCAAGUAAGUGGAAGAUUAGGCAGGUUGAUGUCAAUAACGUCUUCUUAAAUGGCUUGACUGAGGAAGUCUUUAUGCAACAACCACCAGGUUUCGAGGUAGUAGAUGAAAAUGAUUUGGAACCUCUUAGCUAUUUUCUUAGAAUUGAAGUAGCUAAGCAUGGUGACAGUAUGCAUAUUUCUCAGCAGAAGUAUGCCCGAGAAUUAUUAGAUAAGGCAGAUAUGGGAAAUGCAAAAUCAAUUUCUACACCUAUGGAAGAUUGUUGGAGGUCUCCAGUAUCUCUACAUGACAGGGCUAGAAAUUACGUUAUGUAUUUGCCUUCUGAUGUCCAUUGGACUGUUGUUACAAGAAUUUUGAGGUUGCAAGUGAACUAUGUCUCUAGACAUGAUCAAGUAGCUGAUAUCUUGACAAAACCAUUGACUACUAGAAGUUUUUCCAAGUUUCGAGACAGGUUAAAUGUUGUUGCUCUCAAAGAACUUCAACAUCGCAAUGCAGGGGGAAUAUUAGGAAAAAUGAAUAACAAAUACAAUGACCAGCACAACUCAUCCAAUUAUCCAUAG